GUAUUCGGAACAGGACCUCGGAUUAUUAUAAUUGAGGGUUAUUUUUUUACAAUUACUUCAAAUAAUGUUUUACUUUAUCUUGGAAAUAAUAACAUUACAUUAGAUUCAGAUAUGGGUUUAUUAAGAAUUAGUGAAGAACAUCAACAACUAUAUUAA